AUGCCUCCCGUCACCAACCAGAUGCUCAACGCCCGGCGCGAGCCGCAGUGCUCCAACGUCACGGCCGAGCGCAAGUACUACCACGUCGACGGCGUGACCAUGGCGGAGCUGACGCCGGAGCAGCGCGCGAUCGUGGCGAAGGAGGUGGAGGGGCAUCUGGAGACGCUGCGCGGCUUGGCGUCGGAUACUUGGGGCGGGCCGGACGGUUUGAGGCCGGUCAAGGACCUGGUGUUUUGCCACGGCGAUUUGUCUGCGCAUAACGUCAUAGUUGAUCCCGAGACGCUCAAGGUCAAGGCCAUCAUUGAUUGGGAACAUGCGGGCUUCUACCCCAAAGAAUUCGAAGGCUUGUAUUUCUACCGUCCAGGGCCAUCUGCCGCCCUGGACGGCGAGGUGGACGAUGUGCAGGCGCUCCUAGAUAUAUUGCGCGAGAACAGUGAGUAG